CGUGUCUAGUGAUAUCCUAGCGUGAGUUGAUGAGAGUCAUGAAGCUCUGUGCAUUUCCUCCUACUAUUUUACCUUCUGACUGCUGAACCCUGUCUGAAAUCCUCCUGCCUCUAUAUCUGACCGAGGAAAGGGGGAGGCAGGGGGAGGGGGGUGAGGGAUUUUCGUCGAAUCUUUUAAGUUGAGAGUGGUUUGGAUUUUUUUAGGGUUUGUGUGGUGGAGUUUCGUUUUGAGCCUUACACCGAUAGGCGACUCUCGGUCCUCGGCUAAAGGGGCCUGUUUUGCCAUAUCACAACAAAAAAAUUUGUUGGGUGAUGCGUGGUUUUCUAGUUUCGAACUCUUUCCGGUUUUAGGGUUUUCAAGAGGACGGAACGAGGGAUUGUGCUAGGCAGAUUGGAGUGGCUGACACUGUCGGGUGUCAAAUUGCGAUUUCGGAUGUAUUGGGUUGGAUUGAUUUUGGGAUUUGCCAGUCGCAUGGUUAUUUUCGGCGCCCACGUUAGCGUGGCUGUUUGCUAAGAUUUGGUGGUUUGGGACCUAAGUUUUUGGGUCUGUGAAGAGUUUGAAGCUUCUCAUGGACAGGGUUUGGUUGUUUCCUCUGGACAUGAGGUGGAAAAGUUGGUAUCUCGAGUACAUUGAGCACGAGCUUCAAAUCUUUUAUGGUGAUAUUGGUUUGAAGUUUCGAGGCCGGAGCGGCGUCACUGUGGAUCUAGGUCAGCUUGUGACUCGCAUUGCGCAUAGGUUGCCUCUAUGUGAAAUCUAUAGAUUGCGGAUUGGGUUGACGGAGGGCAUCAUGUCAUUUUGGUGGAAUGACCAUCGGUCGCCUUGGGAAGAAAAGCCUGUCUGUGGUGUGGAAAGAUGGAAGAGUCUCAAGCAAGGACACAAGCCUUAGCUCUACUACCUACUCUCCCUGGACAGUGGGGCUGCCCAUAGAGCACUGAUCCAGUCCAAGUGUACGAUAAGACUUCGACCAUGCUUCUAAAUUGCUGAAGUUAGGGACAUUGAGGAGAUGUAAGGAUUGGGGGUCGUAUGUCAACAGCAUUAGUAAUAGUGGGACAGUGUAGCGAAAAGAGGAAAGUAGGAUAUGGCGGACAAGGAUAAGAAACUUAAGGUUAUACUCAAACUACCAAACAAAUCAAGCAGCAAUACCAAGGGUGGGGUUUCUGAUGUAUCUGCAUCAUCUGGAGGAACUUCGCACAAGUUGCGAGUUUCCCCAGUGACGGAAACUGACACUCCGUUGAAGUCAGCUGGUCAGGUUUCGGCUUCUAGUGCCAACGAUCGUGUUGGUACCCCUCCUAAGAAGCGUAAAUUCAAAACUUUAGUUGAAGGAGAUGCCAAAGAUGAUCAUGGAGGGGUGUAUGGUUCCCCCAUUACUACUGUUGUAGGCUCCCCUGUCUUCAAAGCUCCCUUACCUCCUCUAGCCAAGAAGCCCUCUCACAAGAAAAAGGCGAAGCCAGUAAAUGGCGUUGCUGAAACUCUUGCAAGGCCAGGACAAGGACAGGUUGCCACAACGGCGCCUGUUAAGAAGGUGCUUGAAGGUGUGCUAGACAAGUUGAAAAAGAAAGAUACUUACGGAGUUUUUUCAGAACCAGUGGAUGCCAAAUUGGUUCCAGACUACUAUGACGUUAUCAAAGAGCCAAUGGACUUUGGUACGAUGUAUAAGAAGAUUGCGAAGGGUUCUUAUUACACGAAAAGUUUAUUUGAGAAGGAUAUCAUGCUUAUUUGCAACAAUGCUAUGCGGUAUAAUGGUCCAGAAACGAUCUAUUACAAGCAGGCGCGCUCAAUUCAGGAAGCAGCUCGAAAAGCAUUGGAUGUAUUGCCUAGUCAAUCUGGUGCUCCAGAAGCAGGAACUGCCAAGCCUGCAUCACAUAAAAAGCAGCCGCAUCCACCAAAGAAAGGAUGGAAGAACACUGCUGCUGUAAAGACUUUAUUGCAGCCUGCAAAUUCUGAUUUUGCUUCUGGUGCUAGUCUAGCAGCUGAGGGAGAUGACUUAUCUCAACCGAAAAAAUCUGACACCUUCGGUUCCAAAAAGGGGGCUCCAUCAGAUAGAUCCGGUAGCGUUGCUGUAGAUGAGCCAGGGUGGGGAGUUCAAUCGCAGGCAUCUGCCGGUCCGGAGCCAGAUGCAGACGUGCUAGAUGACCAAGGGAUCCAACUUAAGCCGGCUACUCUCAAGGAUGGGCGAAAGCCUUUAUCAACGGAUGAGUAUCACAGAAGUACUUACAAGCCACGGAGUCUCCCUGCUCAUGGACGAGGACCACCUUUUGCUGGAGUUGGUGGAGAACUGCAUCACCUUGUGCCAACAGGAUAUCAGUCAGAAAUGGCCUAUGCAAAGAGCUUGUCUCGGUUUUCAGCCAAAUUAGGACCUGAGGGUUGGAAGCAUGCGGCUCAAAGAUUGCAGAGAGUAUUAGCGCCUUCUGUUCCCUUUGGGCUAGGUUGGAUUGGUGAACACGAAGCUCCUCCUGGCACCAUUUUCAAGAGAUAUUCUUCUGGUGUGAACGUGGCCAAUCCAACAAGAAUCGAUCAGAAUAUUGCUUCGACAUCUUUGCGGAGACUUCCGGGAGUUUCGUCCACUUCUCAUCCUCCAGUCCCCACAGCCUCUUUUGCCCCUACACCUAGCACAUCUCGCUCAUUGACGGAAUCAUCCAAUGAUAAAAAUUCCAAGCCAGAGUAUCAGGUGGAGUACGGCAGGAGUCAAAGUAUGCCUGUCACUAGUGAUGGACCGAGUGCAUCAACAGGAUGGCCCACAUGUAGUUCCCAGGCUCCAGCAAAUCAAUCUGGCCUACCCACUUCAGGCAUGUUAAUGCAGACUUCAUCAGAUUCAGUGAACGGUUCACUGUCAGGAUGGACUGGUUCAACAUCGCAAGCUGCACCAACCUUUGUAUAUAGUACUGCAGUUCGAGCAGUCCCUACCUCGGUUAGUAUGAAUAUUGGACAAAUCGAGGCAAGUAAGGCUCAGGCGCACAAUCUGGGGCUUCUGCAGGCAGAUGCAAUUGCAAGGGCAAAGAUGCAGUCGAAUGUUCACCUUACUCGAGCGCCGCGACCAACUCAGUAUGUGCAACCGCCAAUGUACACUAGCACUCCGCCAUAUGGUCUGCAAUCUGGUUCUUUGGUCCGGGCUCCAUAUGGUACCAAUCAAAUGUUGUCUUCUUCUCAGCCACUCUCCACACCAACUGCCCCAAACCAGGCUUUGAAGUUGGCUUCAUCACAACCUUCACCACCGCAGGUGGGUGCCAUUGUUAAUUAUGGGCUUCCGCAUGUUCGACCUGUGUUGAAUCCAAAUCAUAGCUCAAGACCUCCAGACUUGAGUACGCAGUCUGCAGAGCCACAUUCUACCCAGAUUUCUGGUCAACUCAACGCGAUGGGAGCCCCUCAAACGAGCCUGCCGCUGCAUAUGGGGUAGCUUGCUGCAUUCUUGUACCAUAUUCUCUCAAAAGAAAUUGUUCAAUCCUCUGAUAUUUGUGUUGAGGUGGCAUACAAGUCCUUGAGUAUGUAAUUUUGCAACCUAUGGGUUGUCUGGUAGUAGAUUACAAAGGAUUAUUGAGUUAACUCAAGUUUUAGCAACUCGACAAAGUAGAUUGUGCACAUCAGCCUCACCUGCGCGACUGGAAUCCAGUUUGCAGUUGAUAAAAUGAAAUAUAAAUUCCUCUGCUUUGCAAGACUUGCACGAUCGACCUCCGAAGAGCAUCUCCGCUCAUUACCCAGGGCUGUAUGGCUCUAGCGUGCUCCAUGUUCAGAUAUUUCACGAGGAUUCCAAUUCUGAAUCCUGAAACUAUUCAGUAAGCAGAUAACGUGUUGUAGAUGUUCACUAA